CAAUCCAAACUAUCUUGAUUUGGACCACCAGGAAUAUCCUUUUGAGGUCUAAGAUUUGACGCAAAGUGCUCUGUUGCUGUCAGGAUGAAGAGGCUGGUGUUGAAGGUUUUCUGCUCGGCUCUGCUGCUUCUAGCUUUGGUGCCGUUUGUGUGCUCACAGUCAGGUAUGGAUCCACAUACACUCUUAUACAUUUACUUUUUUGGCUUGUUUGUUUGUCUCCACCUCCUUUCCUGGUGUCUGAUAUCUCCUUUUUCAGGCUUAUCUGUUACAGUAAUUCCUAAUCAUAUAUCCAUCCAUUUAUAAACUUCAUAGCUUGUGUUGCAAAGCUUCUUUCCAGCAGACGGAGAGUACAGAUAUGAGUAAAUAUGCUUCUUUUCUUUGGCAUUAUUCUUGGAUUUUGCCCCCUCACUUUGUCUGUGUUGAUGCUCGUAGGAUGUCUCUCAAUAAUGAGGCAGUUUUUGUGCGUCUGUGGGUUGAUAAUUAUACGUCUGCCAACAAACUGUUUUGAGUGACACUUCCAUCCGACUGCCUGUUUUGUGUCCCUUUCUACAGAUUGUUCUCGGGCUGAGUCAUGUGACCUGUGCGUCGGAGACUCCAUGCUCAACCUGACAGGCUGCGUCUGGAGGCUUUGUCCGACUGGUAACACACACUCAGACAAGCACACAUACCUCUGACCUCUGAUAGUAAUUCAAUCAUCAUGGCUGCUGUAACCUGAGCCUUCCUGGUUUGUACAUGAAGCCUAAAUUAUUCAGUGUAACACUAAUACAUGCACACACACGCUAAAUUGUUUAUUCUGUGUCUCAGGUAAUGAUACAGGGAUGUGUGUGACUGAUCAGGGCGACUCAGCAGACAUCGCUAUGAACUGCAGCUGGACUAGAGUGUCUGAAUUGUGCACAGGUAGAAACCACUCUAAAAUUAACACAUUAACAUCUCUUUGUUUCUUUACUAAGUCCUCUCUCUUUAACAUGUUCCAUUUCAGUCGUGGAGACAGUGGCUGAUGGAGGAGGUGGAGGUGACUCAGGUAAAUUAUAUCAAGCAUCGCCUUCCCUCCCCCUUCUCUUCUCUUCUCUUGCGUCAGUCAGUUAUUAUUCCCAUAAGAGCUGAGUUGAAUGUCCCCCACCACCUCUUCGUCAUUUCUAGUAAAAAUCCAUGAAUAGAAGUCUCUCCUCCAUCCUGCAGUUUGCUCUGAAUGGCUCAUUUCCUUUCCCUCCAGGUGACGGAAACCCCCCCAAUCCCUCUCCAGAGUUCUCUCAGGCCAAGUUUGACAUGUCCAGCUUCAUUGGGGGCAUCAUACUGGUGCUGUGUCUGCAGGCGGGCGGCUUCAUAGCCAUGCGCUUCCUCAAAUCUAAAGAGCAGAGCAGCUAUGACCCCAUGUGAGUUUUUAUGCACCCACGUGUCAGAGGACAAAGAAUUUAGCGUGACUGCAUCAGUUUAAGUGGGUGCAUGUUAAUGUGUCAUUGUGUUAGUGAUGUCUGUUGAUGCAACAGUGGCCUCUGGUGGCAGGAGCAAACAACAGCAGCUUAAACACAGUGUUAUCCCCGUUUAACAUCAAUCUUGAUUGCAUUUGAUUUUGGUCUCAAAAUGUAGCUUUGCUAAUUGAGUCUGUGUCCAUCCACUUGCAGAGACCAGCCGACACAGUAAGGAUGAGAAGUAUGAAGGACAAACAGCAAAGUCUGGAGGACAGCCCAGCAGUGACUCAUCGAUUUGUGACGACAAGAGUGUUUUUUUUCCCAUAAACCCCUGUCAUUCCUGGUUUGGUCUCUAAAAUGUGUACCUCUUGGGGGAUGGGUGUAUUAUUAAGUGGACAUUUUUUCUCCUGUUGUUUAAAGAGUGUCUGUGCAUUAUUCCACUGUGUUUGUACAGUAAUUAUAUCUCGAAAACAUUUCACUGUUGCUUUCCACAUGAUCUGACAAAAGAGGAACAAAACAGCUUGAAUUCCUCUGCUUUGGGUGAUAAGCAUCUUACAGUAAGCAUCUUGUGGAUCUGCAUUAAACGCUGCUUUGACAUGUGUAACUAGCACAGUGCUGUUAUGGGAAAGAAUGAAAUUAUUUCAUGAAGUUAGGAGGGCAGACAAGGUCGAGACAGGAAUUUAGACUUUUCCCAGAGCCUUAAAAAUAGACUGAGAUCAUUUCUUUGAACUGUAAGAAGAUAUUUGUGUUGAGCUGCAUCACUUCUAGUGUUUUAUUGUGCAUGUAACAUAUUUUUUAUCUGCAAACUUGCCGUGAGUUUAGAUUAGGAUCUUAGUGAGU